UUAUAGUUAGUGGCAAUUAUAAUAUUUUAUUCAAAAUUGCUUUUAAAAUGGAUCAUUUCUUUUUUAAAAGAAAGAGGAAUAAUGAAGCAAAAUAUGCAGAAGCAUGUUCAAGUUCUACUGCUGGAUCUGGAAGUGUGAAUAGUGACAAUAUUGAUAAAACUAUUGACUCUAAUCUGCAAACAUCAACUUCAUUUGAGCCAUGUUUCAAAAAGAAAAAAGUAACUGCAAGGCGUUAUAAUGAAGAUUAUUUAAAAUAUGGUUUUAUCAAAUGUGAAAAACCCUUUGAAAAUGACAGACCUCAGUGUCUUAUUUGUAAUAAUAUUCUUGCAAAUGAAAGCUUAAAACCUUCAAAAUUAAAAAGGCACUUAGAAACACAGCAUGCUGAACUUAUUGAUAAGCCUCUUGAAUAUUUUCAAAGAAAGAAAAUAGAUGUAAAGUCAUCAACACAAUUUCUUAGCUGCUCUACUACUGUUAGUGAGAAAACCUUAUUAUCAUCAUAUUUAGUUGCAUAUCGUGUGGCAAAAGAGAAAAUGGCUCACACAGCUGCUGAAAAAAUUAUUCUUCCAGUAUGUUUGGAUAUGGUGCGUACAAUUUUUGAUGAUAAAUCUGCUGAUAAAUUAAAAACGAUUCCUAGUAAUAACACAAUAUCUCUUCGAAUUUGUACAAUUGCCGAACAUUUAGAGGCAAUGCUUAUUACUCGGUUACAGUCGGGAAUGGAUUUUGCAAUCCAGCUUGAUGAAAGCACAGAUACUGGAAGCUGCACAGCACUUUUAGUCUAUGUCAGAUAUGCGUGGCAAGGCGAUUUUAUGGAGGAUUUUUUAUGUUGUUUAAACUUAACCUCACACCUAAGUGGAUUAGAUAUUUUCACAGAAUUAGAAAAGUGCAUUGUUGGUCAGUAUAAAUUAAACUGGAAAAACUGCAAAGGAAUUACAAGUGACGGAACAGCAAACAUCACUGGAAAACAGAGCAGAGUAAUUUAAAAAUUGCUAGAAGUUACUAGUGGUGCGUGGAAUCAUUGUUUUAUACAUCAUGAAGCAUUAGCAUCCAGAGAGAUUCCACAGAAGCUCAUGGAAGUAUUGAAAAAGGCAGUGAAAGUUGUUAACUUUAUUAAAGGAAGCUCAUUAAACAGCCGACUUCUUGAAACGUUUUGUUCGGAGAUUGGAGCUAAUUAUACCCACUUACUGUUUCACACCAAAGUUCGUUGGUUGUCUCAAGGGAAAAUACUGAGCAGGGUUUACGAACUUAGGAAUGAGAUCCACGUUUUUCUUACUGAAAAGAAGUCUCAUUUGGCAACUAUUUUUGAGGAUGAUAUUUGGGUAACGAAACUGGCAUAUUUAACUGAUAUUUUUGGCAUCCUUAAUGAACUACGUUUAAGACUACAGGGGAAAAACAGUGACAUAUUCCAACAGGCCGAAUGUAUCCAAGGAUUCCAGAAGGCGUUACUGUUGUGGCAAGCGAAGCUUAAAAGCAAUCGUCCUAGCUACUACAUGUUUCCAAGGUUUUUGCAGCACAUUGAAGAGAAUGUUAUCAAUGAAAACAUUUUGGAAGAAAUAAAACUAGAGAUAUUGUUGCACCUCACUUCUCUCUGUCAAACCUUUAACCAUUUAUUCCCAGAAGAGAAAUUUGAAACAUUAAGACAGAAUUGUUGGGUAAAAGAUCCGUUUGCUUUUUGAAACCCAGAAUCAAUAAUUGAGUUAAACUUGGUGCCUGAAGAAGAAAAUGAAUUAUUGCAGCUCAGUUCUUCAUAUACAUCGAAGAAUGAUUAUGAAACACUAAGUUUAUCAGCAUUUUGGAUUAAGAUAAAGGAAGACUUUCCUUUGAUAAGUCAAAAGAGUAUCCUGCUAUUAUUACCAUUCACAGCAACUAGUUUGUGUGAACUAGGAUUUUCGGUCUUAACCCAGUUAAAAGCAAAGGAAGGGACCGGAUUAAAUGGCGCAGCAGAUAUGCGAGUAGCAUUAUCCUCCUGUGUUCCAGACUGGAAUGAACUUACGAAUGGGCAAGCACAUCUACCACGUUAAAUAAAUCUUUUUUUUUUUUAAUUGGAGUAUAGUCACUUUACAAUGUUGUGUAAACAAAUCUUACCUGGUUUUUGUUUCUGCAGUUCUCAUUUUGUGAUUUUUUUAUCUGUUGUAUUUAAAUGUUAAUAUAGCAGUGUAUGUGAUAACUUUGUUUUUAUUUUUGCUAUACUUUAAUACUAAUAAAAUCAGUGUAAUUUUAUGUUCAUUGAACAAAAAUUUAAUGAAAUUCUAUUAGAGGUCAGGUACCGUUCUAGGCACAUUUGGGAUACGAAAUGAAGAAAACAGAGACCAUUCUCUAGUGGAGCUUAUGUUCUGGCAAGGAGAGAGAGAGACAAUAAACAUACUAAAUAACCUUUAUAAUAUUUAGAAUUUAAUAAGUGCUAUAGAAAGUAAUAAGAAAGGAAGUCAGGGAACUAUUUG